UGGAAAUUUGACCCAGCGUCCUCUAGGCUCUACUCUCUUCGCAGCUCAGUGCCCUUCAUCGGAGAUUUUAUCAUACAUCUCGGUCAUCAUCAGCCGGAGCCAAGCGUAAAAUCAUGGCUGGGACGAUUGCACGCAAAGCAAUAGACCACCUGAAGAGCAAAGAAUUCAGAGACUAUUUGAUGAGCACACAUUUCUGGGGUCCAGUAGCAAACUGGGGUCUCCCUAUAGCCGCCUUUAGUGACAUGAAAAAGAGCCCCGAGAUCAUCAGUGGCAGGAUGACCUUCGCUCUGUGUUGUUACUCGCUGCUCUUCAUGCGUUUCGCCUACAAAGUGCAACCACGCAACUGGCUGCUGUUUGCUUGCCAUAUGACCAACGAGUCCGCACAGCUGAUUCAGGGUGGUCGCCUCAUCAAGUAUAAUUUGGAAAAGAAGACAUCUUAGUGACAAAGCGAAGUGUUCCCUGUUCCAACCGCAAUGACGAAAAGAGCCAUACGAACGUGUGCACCUAUCUAAUCACAGGAGCUGUGGCUGUUUCCUGCCCCUCUCUUAAGAAUGAUUGAUCACCCACAUGAAGUUGUUGGCUACAUGUUACUACACAAAACAGAGUAUUUGCUUUAUAAAUUCAAUGCUGGAAUUUAUAUUUGCAUUUGCAUUGUUCACUGUGAGUGAAUGUAUAGUCCACUUUGCAAUCUUCCACUGUAACUUAAUUUAAAUUUUUAUUGCUCCUUCACCAUCUUAUUGACGAUGUUUCCAUGUAUAAUCCACAUUGCAAUCUUCUGAUGUAACUUAAUUUAAAUUUUUAUUCGUCCUUCAACAUCUUAUUGACGAGAUUUCCCUGCAAACUCAACCGAAGUGUGACAUUGGGUGAUUUUAGGAUCACUUUUGUCAGAGUGAAGACACAAAGCAAAAAAGACUGUUACUCGUUUUAAGAAAGGUUACAGUUGAAUGUGUUAAAAUGGUGAGGAUGUGAUAAUUCGGCUAGUAGAUAUCCACAUUUUAAUCCCUGCGUCUGUUUCUGCUGAACAACUGUAUAUUGUGUGGUACUUUGUUCGUCCUUCAAAGUCUUUUAUGGUGUAACUCAAUCAAAAUAUCCCUCAUUAAUUAUCUGAUUAUUUGGGUUUGUAAAGUAAACUGAAUAAAACUAACUUGAAAUUA